AUUCUUUCAUUCAUUCAUUAUUGACUCAAACAUGGCCUUAUUUUUGUUCUUCUUCUUUCUCUUCACACUCUCUCCUUCUCUUCUUUCUGCAACAGAUCAUAUUGUUGGUGCUAAUCGUGGAUGGAACCCUGGAAUUAACUACACUCUUUGGGCUAAUAACCACACUUUCUAUGUCGGCGAUUUCAUCUCAUUUAGGUACCAAAAGAAUCAGUACAAUGUGUUUGAGGUGAACCAAACAGGUUAUGACAACUGCACAACAGAAGGUGCUGUUGGGAAUUGGAGUAGUGGAAAAGAUUUCAUACAAUUGAAUAAAAGUAUGAGAUAUUACUUCAUUUGUGGUAAUGGUCAAUGCUUCAAUGGAAUGAAAGUCUCAGUUUUUGUUCAUCCACUUCCUUCUCCUCCUACCUCAUCUCCUCACCAUUCAACACCAAAAUCUGCUGCUUCUCUUGUUGUCUUUCAAUAUUUGGGACUUCACUCUCUAAUGUUGUCUUUUGUUUUGGUUAUGUUUGGAUUUGUUUUAAUAUAACCAAUGUGCUACUAUGCAAAGCUUAGCAUUUUUUUUCUUUCUAUCUUUCUAUUGGAUUAUCAAUUUGUUUUUGUGUCUAAUGACACUUGCUAAUUGUUUAAAGUCACAUGUAAGUUUUACUUGCUAGUGGUAAAUUGUUUUCAAUUUAGUGUUGGCUGCUUUCCUUUGGAGA